UGCAUGAGUAAGUACACGUAAGAUAAACACUUUUGUGAUUGACAGGAGUGCUUAGUUAAUUUGUAACGUAAUUUACUUUUAUAUAUUAAGUAUUAAAUCUUUUUGCACUUCUUAGCAUAUAAAGUUUUAAAUUAUUUUAUCAGAAGUUUACUCGGUGCAUAAAGGAACAUUUUAAAAGCACAAGAAUGAGAUGGUUGGUGUGUAUAGUGAUGGUGGCAUCCCUGAUGCAUGAGAUAACAUGCCCUCCGGUCCAGCCGGACAUUAAACCAGUAGAGGGAGAUUCACCAGAUGAUGUGAAUGAAGAAGAUCCAGGUUUUGGUCUAGAAUAUGAUAGGUAUCUUAAAGAGAUAGUCAUGGCACUGGAAGAGGACGAGGCAUUCCGUAAAAAACUCGAAGAAAUGAAUAUGACCGAUAUAAAGAACGGGAAAAUUUCCAUGCAUCUAGACCUUGUCUCUCAUCAGAUUCGUGAGAGGCUUGAUGAAAUCAAGCGUCAGGAGAUGAACCGUCUUCGGGAUUUGGCGAAGGAGAAAAUGAAACAGAUGAAGGGUACGGAGGUUUUAGGUUCAAUAGCAAAAUACGGAGGUAUACAGAAGAUGGAUGAACAGUUCCUACAUCACGUUGAUGUGAAAAAUCCUCAUUCUUUUGAAUCUAAAGAUUUGGAAAAAUUGAUCAAAAAGGCUACAAGUGAUUUAGAUGAGAUAGAUAAAAGACGUCGCGGAGAAUUCAAAACAUAUGAGAUGGAGAAGGAGCAUCAAAGAAGGGAAGAAUUAAAAAAUCUGGAUGAAGAACAUAGAAAACAACGAGAAGAGGAAUAUGAAAGAAUGAAGAAACGUCACGAAGAGCACCCUAAAGUUCACCACCCUGGAAGCAAGGCUCAGCUCGAGGGAGUCUGGGAGCAGACUGACCACAUGGAUAGGCAAGACUUUGACCCAAAGACCUUCUUCAAGUUACAUGAUAUAGAUGGUAAUGGUUUCUUAGACCAGGAUGAAGUGGAAGCACUCUUCCAAAAGGAGUUGGAUCAGGUUUACGACCCAAAUCUUCCAGAGGAUGAUAUGAGAGAACGGUAUGAGGAUAUGGCACGUAUGAGGGAACAUGUUUUCGGUGAACUAGAUUCGGACGGAGAUCGUCUCAUCAGCUUAGAGGAGUUCCUCAAGUACACAGCUUCACAAGAGUUUCAAAAAGACGAAGGAUGGAAGACUGUAGAUGAGGAGCAGAACUUUACUGAUGAAGAAUAUCAAAGAUACGAGCAAAUGUUACAGGAACAUGAGGCUAAAAUGAGGGCACAAGGUUUAGACCCAAACUUGGCUCAACCAGGCAUGGUUCCAGUGGGACAGGAUCCUAAUGUACAACACAUGCAGAUGCCACAAGGUGGUCAAGGAAUGCCACCACAGGAAAUGCAUCAUCAGCAGCAGCAACAGCAACAACAAUUCCAACAACAUCAGCAGCAACAACAAUUUCAGCAACAACAGCAGCAACAAUUCCAGCAACAUGGCCAACAACAGCAGUUUCAGCAACAUGAACAGCAACAACAAAUGAAACAAAUGGGUCAAAUGCAAGGUCAAGCACCAGUGGGUCAAGGUCAAAUGCAUGGAGCACCACCUGGAAUGGGCCAAGCUCAAAUGCCAGGACACCAAGGUGCUGGUCAGGGACAGAUGCCGGGUGGACCACCUAGUAUGGGUCAAGGUCAAGUCCCACAAGGUCAAGGUCGUGGUAUUCCACGUCCUCCUCCAGUUGAUAUUAAUAUGGGUCAAGACCAGAACAUUCAAGUUGUUGGUGCUGCAGCCAAUGAAGCUGCCCCUGUCUCUGAUGGUCAAGGUCAAGCCCAAGGGGUUCAAGUUCAAAAUAUUGUGCAAGAUUCUCAGGGUCAGCAACCUCAAAAAGCUGAUUCUGGGGCUCAUGCAGAAAAUACUGGGCUAAAUCAAGGUCAGGGCCAACAAGUUCCUAAUCAGGGUCAACAAGAUCCUAAUGUAGGUCAGGGUCAACAAGAUCCUAAUCAAGGUCAAGGUCAACAAAUAGAUACUCAGGGGGGAAAUGUUCAGGGGCAAAAUUUAGAUAAAAAUGCAGAUGAGAUUAAUGUAGUGCCAUUGGGUAGAGCUUCACCUCAGAGACAGGGACAAAAUAUAGCUGAUGGCAUGCCACCAGGAGAUAACAAGAUUCCACAACAAAAUGCUCAAGGUCAACAACAAGGUCAAGGUCAGGACACACUCAAGUUUCAAGGUCACGAUCAACAGAAACCACAGCAGCCAUUAGCAUAGAAAUAUUGUCCCAGUGGUACAAGGAAUUCUUAUACAUAUUUGUGUUGGUAGAAGAGAUUUUAAAAAGAAAUAUUUUAGUUUUUUAAUGAGGGAAGGGAAAGAAAAAAAAAUCAAAAUAUAAGACCACAUGACAUGGUAUGUAAGCCAUAUGCUAUUGUUACCUGAUUUUUUAAGACUGUUGUUUUAAUUUUAUUCAUCUUCAAUUAAAAGGCUAAAAAUGUUGUUGUUUUUAAAAAAUUGUUAAUUUCUAUUUUUAUUAUUUUAUUGCAAAGGAAAAUGCAUAUUGGUGAACCAUUUCUUUAAUAAUUUGGUAAGAAGACAGAAAUUCUUUUGUAAAGUCCAAGUAAACAGAGAUUUUUUUUUUCAAGUUAAGUUUUUGAUUUUAACAUUUUAACCUAAUUAACACAGGGAAUCAGGAUAUACUAACAUUAGGUGUUAUAAAACUGUAGGAAUUUUAUCUGUAAUUAAGCAUUUAUGUGAUCUGAAUUUCUGCUUGAUUGACAUUUUAAACAUUAGCAGUUUAUCCCUGAUUGACAUUUUAAACAUUUACAGUUUAUCCCUCAAUAUCCUAAAUGGACUUAUCCAUACUUCAAUAUGGACAAAACCAUUCAUCAUAUUUAGGGAAAAUUUCAAAAUAAAUACUUUACGAAUAGCAAACAGUGCAGACCAUAAUAGGACGGCCCUACAUGACUAUACCUUGGUCUACACUGGUCACAUGGGGUAAAUUUAUUUGUUACCAGCAAUGGAGGGGUAACUCGUAUAUUGUUUUGGAGCUGGAUGAUGUAUUUUUGUGUUCAUAAUAUACUUAUUAUAGAAAAAACAGCUUUAAAUAAAGGUGCUAUAGACUGUCAUUUUUCAGUAUUUCUAGAUAUUGAAACAUUCUGAUUUACAUAUUCUUCAUUAUUAUUUGUAUUAUGAAAACUAAAUAUUGCUCUUAUAUAAAAAAAAUUGUUGCAAACGUAGAUUUUUUUCUAUGAUUUUUGAAAAAAAUUAAAACAGCCAUAUUAGUUUUCCAUUUAAAUCAUAAAAUUAGUUUUGAAGAUUAAAUAUUGAUAGAAGUCUUAAUUUCUAGAACUUCAGUAGGAGAGCGAUAUAAAGUCAUCAAGAUAUUUUACAAUAUUAUUCUAAACAGUUUGUACAAAUGUUAGUUGACUUUGUUUAAACAAGUGCUGAAUUUUGUGCUCAAAUUAGGGAGCAGUGCAGUGCCAUUUUAUAUAGGACAGUAACUGUUCUAGGUUGCAUUUUAAUUAAGGCAGAUUUCUAUAUUUGUUUUCUUCUUGUCACUAUUUUAUAUAUUACUUGAUAUUCUUGUGUUUAUUUUGCUGUGUAUCUUUGGAAAUAAAUAUUGCACACUUCCCUGCCCUGCCCUCCCCCCCUUGUCAAGUUAAGAGUACAGUUUUCCUGUAAACAUUACAAUCACCCCAUUCUUACCAAACCUGAUAUACACUGUACAAGAGGUUUUGUCUGUUAAGGUGUAAAUAGUCAAUAAUAUUCAUUAAACAUGUGACCAGUCUGAAUACAAAUAUAAUGAUAAUUUUGGUGCAAGAUAUACAAGAUUUUUUGUUUUAUGUUUAAUUAAUUAAGAUAAUUACUCUUUAAAACUCAUAAUAUAUGUUAAACAUUGACCAGAUGUAUAAAAUUAUAGGUUCAGGUGAACUGUCAUGAACAUUUUUAAUGUUGUCUUUUUUUUAAGUUAUGUAUGCUUAGAAUUCAAGACUGUCAAUUACAAAUAUCUCUACACAUUCAAGUGAGGUAUUUCAUUUAUUGAAACUUAUUCAGUUUUAACUGUGAUGUGUUGAACUGACAUCUUACUGUUACAAAUUAAACCAUAACUCUGCUCAAUUUAUGAAUUGAAUUUGACCGGCUUUGCAUUAACUGUCCAUUAGUAAUUUUAGAAGAUUUAGCAACACAAUAACAAAAAGAUUGAGCUACCAACAGUAUAGAGCCUGGUCAGACUGCACAGAGGAGCUGGCUGGCCUGGCUCUAUACUGCUGGCAUAGAUAUGACAUAAUUAUUAUUACUGCUGGCACUUAUAAGGGCUAAAAUCUUUGUUUAGUAUUGUUUUGAGAAUCUUUUAUUCAGCAUUGUUGAACAAAGGCUGAUUCAACUGUUUUAUAAACAGAUUUAUUCUAGUCAAAAGUCACAUAAUAUAUAUAUAUAGUAUAAAAUGUAAUUGAGAGAAAAGGAAGAAAAAAAAAUAGCUGCCUUAUUUCUAUAUGUGAUAUUUAUAUGUUUAAUUGCCCUGAAUAAAUUAGUCACAAUAUUCUUAGAAUUUAAGUUCACAUACAUGUAUUUCAAAUACAUGUACUUUAUAGGUAGUUUCGGCUUCAUUUUACAAAACUAAGAAAAGAAAUUUGUAUUUACAAUGUAUUGCUAAUUUUGAUUUCUAAUGAAAAUUCACUGCACAAGGUAUAAUAUGUUGCUAUUUAUGUUAAUGCAUAUCAGAAAUUGGUAAAUAAUGUUAUGUAAUUUUUCAGUCAUUUGAUUUUUUUUGAGCGAUGAAUAAAUACAAAUUAGUUAAGUGAACAUGUUUUAUAUUAACUUGUAUAUUGUUAUUUCUCUGUUGUUUUUAUUUUUCUUCUCUCUUUUUGCUGUACCAGUUGAAUAUAAGAUAUGUAAAAUAGUCAAAUUUUGUCUCAUUCAACUAUCAUGUUAACAAAUUUUUAUAUUAAAUACUUUGUGAAUGGUAAAGAUAAAUGUUAAAACUUAUAUUAUUCAAUUUAUUAAGUUGAAUAAUCUAAUUUAAACAAAAACAAGUGAAAAAUAUGUUCUUUGCCUUAAUUUGGAAAUUAUAUUUCUGUGGUUAAAAAUAUCUAUGUAGGUCAAAUUAAUUUUUGAUAUUUUUAAUGGUUUAUUGAUUAAUUAUGAUAUUUUUUUUUAAUUAAAAACUAUGAAAUCUAAAAAAGAAAGGAAUAAAACAUACCACUUUUAGCAGAGCCCUUAAACUUAAUGGAUUUGCCCUGCUUUGAAUUUGGAUCAGUCCAUUCAAAGUUGGGAAGGAUUUCUUUAUCAAAAUACAAAAAUUGAGCUGCUAUAAGUAUAGAGCCUGGUCAGACUGUACAGAUGGUCAGGCUAGCCUGUCUGUAUACUGGUGUCAAAGGCUAAUCAAUAUCAUUUCUAGUAUGUAAAAGGGCGAGAGAGAAACACAUUUUCCUAUGUUUUAUUUAUGUCUGAAUGCAUUCCAUUUAUUUUUCAAAUGUCACUUCACUUAAUGUUUCCCGACUUAACGUUUCCUGAUUUUGUUCAAGAAUUUAAGCAUAGCUAUAACAAAGAAAAGAAAAUUACAAUUACUUAAAUUUUUAGCUCGACUAUACGAAGUAUAUGGAGAGCUGUCCUACUCGCCCCAGCGUCCGCGUCCGCGUCCGCGUCCAGAUUUUAGAUUAAAGUUUUGGUGCAGUAAAAUAUUUUUCACUAUAACUUUGUCAUUUCUUAAGGUAUCAACUUCAAACUUCAAAUAUAUGUUCCUUAUCAUCAACCACAUCUCAUGUGACAAGGUUCAUAACUCUAGCACCAAUAUUUUCAGAUUUAUCUCCCCUUGAACUUAGAAUUUUCCUUAAAAAAUACUAUUUUUUACUGAUACUUCUUUAUUUCUUAAGGGAUCAACCUCAUACUUCAAAUAUAUGUACCUUAUCAUCAUCCCCAUCUUAUGUGACAAGGAUCAUAACUCUAGCACCAAUAUUUUCAGAUUUAUCUCCCCUUGAACUUAGAAUUUUCCUCAAAAAAUACUAUUUCUUACUGUUUCUUCUUUAUUUCUUAAGGGAUCAACCUCAUACUUCAAAUAUAUUUAUGUUAUCACCAUCCCCAUCUUAUGUGACAAGGUUCAUAACUCUAGCACCAAUAUUUUCAGAUUUAUCUCCCUUUGAACUUAGAAUUUUCCAUAAAAAAUAUUAUUUUUUACUGUAACUUAUUUAUUUCUGAAGUGAUCAACUUCAUACUUCAAUUAUAUUUACGUUAUCAUCAUCAACAUCUUAUGUGACAAGGUUCAUAACUCUAGCACCAAUAUUGCAAGAAUUAUCUCCCCAUAAACUUAGUUUAUUUACCAGAAAAAUGUUAUUCUUUAUUUUAACUUUUUUAUUUUUAAAGGUAUCUACCUCAAACUUCAAAUACUUAUUCCUUAUCAUCAAUUACAUUUUAUGUGACAAUGUUUAUAACUCUUGAAGCAAUAUUUACAGCUUUAUCUCUCUUUGAACUUAGGAUUUUCUUUAAGAAAUAUAAUAACUUCUUUAUUUUUUAAGGUAUCUACUUCAAACUUCAAAUAUAUAUUUCUUAUCAUUACACAAAUGUUGUGUGGCAAGGUCCAUAACUCUAGCAUGACUAUUUCUAGAAUUAUUCCCCUUGAUCUUGGAAUUUAUGUUAACAAAUGUUAUUUUUUACAGUAACUUAAUACAUAAUUAUACAUAAUUGAUUUUUCUUUCAUAGUUUUGUCCUCCUUACUGCGUCCAGUAUUUCAUUAGUCGAGCUUCGCUGUCUCCUGUGACAGCUCUUGUUGUUAUGAAACUUAAACAUUCGAAGUAUAAUGAAAAUAAGUUAUCUAGGAAGGAUCUGCGUAUUUCUCAUUGUAUUUUUUUAUAUGUUCAAUGAUGGUUUGAUAAUGACAUUUAUAACAAGUGAAUAAACUAAUAUUUUUAACAAAA